CCUUACACGAUUUUUUUUCUAUAUCACCCGUACACGUGUACUCUGCACACGUUCUUUGUUCAACCAAAUAUUCAACCUCAAUAUUUAAAAUCUUUUGUCCUUUUUUGUUGAAAGAAAAUCCCAAUUCAAUUUCUGUAGCCCUAAUCCCCAAAAUUUUGAUUAAUCAUUCGUUAUAUUUUAUAACAGAUCACGAUUACAGAGCUGGAUUUCUUUGCCUAAAAACCCAAUUUAACCUCAAGCUUGUCUUUUAUAGCUUUAGUUUUUGUUCGUGUGUAUAUAAAAGGUACACAGUGAAAGGUAUUUGAGCUUGAAAACAAAAUAUAUCAAUGGCGCCGAGUUUGCACCAAUGGGAAUCAGACCCUCUGUUUUCAGCAGCUGAAGUUGUUCAAGACUCGGCUGACAGGAUGGAAUCAAUUUUCCGUCUUUUGUUCCAUGAGCUUAGUCUAGCUCAAGGUGAUCACCCAGACCCAAAGUUACUAUCAUCUAUAAAUUUUCAUAGACGUGAUCUCGCAACAAUACUUGAAACGACAAAAUGGCAGUUGGAAGAUUUUCAAAGAGCAGUUAGUUAUUCGACUAUAACAGAAAAGUCCCAGAUGAAGGAUGAAGUGAUUUCAAGGCACAGACAGUUUAUUAGAGCCAUAAGGGAACAAAUAAUUCAUGUGGAAAAAAGCUUGGAAGAGACAUCAAUAGGUAAUCCUGUGAAAAACAAUGAGUGGGUUAACUUAAAUGAAGAAGAUAGAGAUGGGUUGGCACUAUUUCUUUCUGGGGUAGGAGGUGGGGGUGGUGGUGGAGGUCCGUCUAAGCGGAUGGAUGCUUAUGACUUGGACGAAGGUGGUAUACUGAAAAGAUAUCUUGAUUCAACCUUGGUAGGUGGUCGACAAGAUGAUGCUUUGCGGAAAGUUGAUCACAAAGGCAAAGAAAUUGAAAACCUGAAUAUUGAUGGGGAUGUCCAUAUGGAUCAUAAUAUUGACACUAGAAAGGAAAACAACAUGAGAAAAGUGGGAUCUUAUUGUUCUACGCGGUUGGGUACUCAAGCAAUAAAUUCUCUUCCAGAGACUUCUCGUAACAGAAGUGGCGAAGAUGGGAGUUGGGACAUGGAGGCUGGUGAAGUUAAACCUAAAAGUUUCUCCCAUGAGAACAAGUGGAGAAACUUUCAAAGCAGAAAGCAUAUAUAUGGGCUCUUUAGUAAUUUAUGGACUGCCUAUGGAGGUAAGGUUGCUAGAAAUUACACCAAGAGAUUAAAAGAUGGAGAAGAACAAAGGGAAUCUCCAUCAUCCACUGAAGCUUUAAAUGAGGCGCAGAGUUGGCUGGGGAUAUGUCAGGGAAGAUACCAAAGAUCAAGAAAUUACAUCCAACAUAAUCGUCAUGCUAUUCAGUUGAUCUCUCUGAUCAUAUUCCUGCUCAUUAUUCUUGGCACACUUCUGCUCCAAAUUGCUUAAAGAGGUUUACUACGUGAUUCCGAAUAUGUUUAAAGGGAUGUUGUGACCGAGUUGAUUCAAAGGUUAGAAGCAUUAGAGCAUAAACAACCACUCUUUCUCUAUCCAAACACUUCUAUCACUAUCCUUUUAAUAAUUGAUGUAUGAUCUUCGAUGACAUCCUGUAGCAAUGUCAGUAAACAAGCCAUCAAGGACAACUCGAUUGACUUAUUCUAAAUAUCACAUUACCUGUCAACAUGCGAUCGGCCUCAUGAAAAUCAGGAAUAUAACACAGUAUUAUUCAGUCUGUUGACUUACCUCUGUUUCUUUGUUAUUCCAGGAGUCUAAAACCAACUAUUAAAGCAAAAAAUAGUGGAAAUCAUCUUCACCAUGGCAUUCCCUGACCUUGUUUCCGUUACUUCCACAUGGGAAAAGACUCUAAUGGUUUGCUGGUUGUUUGAGUUGACAAAAUAGGAUGGUUUCCUUGUUUUGUACUUAGGAAACUAUAGUGGAGAUUCUAUUAUGCUUUUUGUAGUUUGGUCUGAUUUUGAUAUACUCCAUAUUGGGUUCAUACAGGAAUUAAUAUAUUGAGCUUCUGUCUGAAUUGAUUUUUA